ACCCGUGGGAUCUCGAUGACCGGAUGUUGUGCACUUUGGGAACGUGUUCCCCAUGAACGAGGAAACCCUAACCCUGUGUUCGGAGCAGCGUUAAGACGAGCGUGGUGCGAAUGUUGUGUUGCAGAUCGGAUCAACAUGAUGCGAAUGGCUCGCGCUCUGCCAGAGCUAUGGCGCUACAAUCUGCCGGCGUCGAUGUGCCGGCGCGCGCCGUUGUGCAAGAUGCCUCUGACUCAAGAGGAGCCGCUUCCAGAGGUUCAACAGUUGGUGGUUACAGCGUCAGGGCCUGACAGGCCAGGCAUCGUGGCUAGGUUGAGUAAGCGGGUGCUGGAUUGCGGUGGCAAUGUAGAAGUCAGUAGGAUGGCAAGACUGGCUGGCGAGUUCUCAAUUUUAAUGCUCGUUACUUUUGACAUUACAACGGCACGGAAAGCCGAGCAGUUGCGCAACUCUCUUCUGCAGAUCGAAGGACUCCAGGUCAAUACGAGGUGGACUGCUAACGACAGUUUAAGUAAAGCACGACCUCAACACAAGUUUCGUAAGAUAUUGUUACGCGGGGUUGAUAAUCCUGGUCUUGUAUAUAACCUAACUGAGUACCUGUCAUCCCACGGGAUCAAUAUCGAGAGCCUUGAAACCUACACUCAGGAGGUAUCGCCAGGAAGUCCACCGCUUUUCAUGAUGGAGGGGGUAAUCGCAAUGCCCGUGGGAUUGUCGACUGCUACGUUUAUCCACAACCUGGACACUUUGCAAGCCACAUUAGGCGCAGAAAUCAGCAUAACAGAAUUGCUUAAUCCUGUUCGGAAGCUCGCUCCGUCUUCUCUUGAAGAAUCAAGUUGAGUAGAGUUUUCUGAGGAACUUGUGUAGUGAUCAAAUUUCUGUUUUCUUCUCAGUAGCGCAGAUACAGUCUUAGCAAUUUCGAAUAUUGAUACUUAACGAAGAUAUGUGUACCGUGUACCUUCAACUUCUUCGUUGAAAGUGAUUGUAAUUAUGCCAUCUUCAAUAUCACGGUUUGAGAUUCAUUUUGGAGCUAUUCA